CACUAUGGAAGAAGCGGAGCUGAAAAAUAGAUAUUUUUCUUACGGGCAUGCUUAACCUACCUCUUAUUAGGUCCAGGAGUGGAUCCAGAUCAUCUCGGAGUCACUCUCGCUCCAGAUCCAGAUCACAUUCACGUUCGCCUGCAAAGAAACGCCAUGGCCCUAAAACUCAGAGCUCUUCUCCUGUCUCCACAUCAGUGUUGGUUGCCCCUCCCUCCAAACCAUCUACAGAUAUCAGGCUAGGGGAAGAGAACAAGGGCCAUCAGCUGCUAAUGAAGAUGGGCUGGAGUGGUUCAGGUGGUUUGGGGGCCAAAGAACAGGGCAUCCAGGAUCCAAUCAAAGGAGGAGACGUCAGGGAUAAGUGGGACCAAUUUAAAGGUGUGGGGGUGUCACUGGACGACCCUUAUGAGAACUAUCGCAGGAACAAGAGCUACAACUUUGUCGCCCGUAUGAAGGCACGAGAGGAAGUCAAUCGGGAACCCCAGGAGCCCCCUCCAACUGAUUGAUGUCAUCAAAUAACUUCGAACAACUCCUCCUUCCCUGUUGCUACCUCCACCAUGGAUCAGAAUUUCUGUCACUUUUCAAUCCAGGAUUUUAGUCAGCAGUCCCAAAUCUCUCCUCAGAAACCAGAGUGAUGAUGCAAAGCGUCACCACAUUUGUGAAACCUGUGAAAACCUGUCUUUUUGUUCUCUGCUUAAUCAAGAGCUUGGAUUGAUUUGUCCAAGCAGAAAGUAUCCCAUUUGCAGAUGGACCAGUCAGCACUAACACUAGUAACACUGCAAAUUUCAACAAGGAUUUUUAAGUCAGCAGACUUUGCAGGGACACUGGAACUACAUUCUAAUGAAAAAGGGGGGUCGCAGCACUAACUAGUUAACUCCCAAUGUUUCGGAUUUGACAAUUAUCGGUUUCUAAAAAGAGCAUCAGACCUACAAUAUUUAGACUGACUCAGACUUUGACUAAAAAUCUCAUUCAUCCCUCAUAGUAUCUCCAAUAAAAUGCAACGGUUUUAUUUGCAU